AUGUCGUCCCAUGGCGGACAGCAGAACUUUCCAUUCGGCUGUAUGGCGCACACGUCCGAUCCCUUUGUCGUAGACCCCGUUACUUACAACUAUUGCGCAGAUCAACAGGAGAAUAUCCAUGGGCUUGGACUCCCGGAGUUCAUUCACCCCGGCCCUCCCCCAGGCCAGCCUUUACUGAACGCCCACGAAAACCGAGACCUGGACAACUUUUUCCAAGACUUUGACCAGAAUGCCGCCGCCAACAAGAACAUCGCCCAGUCUCAAUUCAAUAUUGUUGCUGGAUCUGACCAGUACUAUGGCAUGCCACCCAUGUUUGUAGGCUCUGACACCAGCCUCGGUCCCCGAUAUGUCGUGGAUACGCAUCAGCUUCAGGGAGCUGGUCUCUCGUAUGGUCAUGGAAUAGCCGGGCAGCAUAUGAAUGUGAACGCAGUCAAGCAGCCGAAUACACUUGCCAGUGGCAUGCCCCCAGGCGUCUAUCAUGACACAGCCUUCCCCGACCCUCUCAUUACCCAACUGCAGACGGCUGCCUCGAUGCAGCCUGCCUUUGGCCCUGGUUGGCAACACUCCUUCGCACCCCACGGUAGCAUGGACAUGCCUCAAUUGCAAGGUCGACAAGCCAUGGCUUUUGGCACUGACUCUCGUUUUCAGCCCACCGGAUACGCCGCGCCAAACAAUCCUCUGGAUCCCGACAUUCCCCAAGCAAUGCAAACACAUCCCAUGGAUUGGUUCGAAUCCGCCAGCGCGAGUACCACGCAACCCAAUACACGGCCGAAUACACAGCCUUCCAGCCCCAAUUGGUCCAAGAAGAGAACAUUUGAGGAUUUCCAGGGAGACCAGAAUCCAAGGAAUGGCUUCGUUCAAGGCAACAUCCAGCAGAUCGGAUUCGCGCAAGCCUCUCCACCCAAACCCAAUCCCAGAAGAAAACCGAGUGCUGUUGUCAAAUACGAACAAGGACCAUCGUCCCAGCCGCCGACUCCUUUACCCAAUAGCAAACCGCAUACACCGCUCGAUAGAGAAGUGCGGGCCGUGGAUGAGGUUGGCAAUCAUGAACAAGAUGCCGAGGCAGAAGCUGAGGAUGACGAUGCCGCUACAGAAUCCGCCAGAUCUCCUUCACCUGCACCCUGGCCUGCUCACAAAGCUCGCCCAUCCCGCAAUCCAAAUCCUGCUCCCCCAAAGGGGACUCGCAAGAAAAGGGCCAGUACGACCUCGUCACCGGCCGUCAAAUCGAAAUCAAAAGCUCAGCGUACUUCUGGUGGCUCGCAGGUCGCCAAUUCCAUCAGAGUACCUCUUACACAAGAACAGAAGAAAGCCAAUCACACGAGCUCGGAACAACGUCGUCGGGAUGCCACUGCUCGUUCGUAUGCCGAAUUAUAUGAUCUGGUUCCUGAACUAGACGUCCUGGGCAAACAGAGUACCAUGAAAAAGCUUGAAGUCGUGGUAGCCAAGGUCCAACGUGUGAAGCAGCGAGUGGAAACAUUAAGAGCGAGACUAGGCCUAGACCCAGUCUCAGGCAGAUCUUUUGGUCCAAGUCCGUACACAUUCUCUGCUGCACAGUGA